UCGGUCAACGGCUCCGUGGAGACCUACGGGGACUGCGGGGUAUGCCCUAGAGGUCAGAGAACUGAUGACAACAAAAUCUGCCGGGAAUGUAUGGGAUCUCCGGACCGCUACGACUGGCUGUACCUUGGCUUCAUGGCUAUGCUUCCCCUGGUUUUACACUGGUUCUUCAUUGAAUGGUAUUCAGGAAAAAAGAGUUCCAGUGCAUUGUUGCAGCAUGUCACUGCCCUGUUCGAGUGCAGCACUGCAGCGAUCGUUACGCUGCUCGUCAGCGACCCUGUCGGCUCUCUGCAUAUCCGCUCCUGCAAGGUGAAGAAGCUUUCGGACUGGUACACGAUGCUUUACAACCCGAGUCCCGACUACAUCACCACAGUGCACUGCACUCACGAAGCUGUCUAUCCCCUGUACACUAUUGUGUUUAUAUAUUAUGCCUUCUGUCUUGUGUUAAUGAUGCUACUUCGGCCUCUUCUGGUUAAGAAAAUUGCCUGUGGUUUGGGAAAAUCUGAUCGAUUUAAAAGCAUUUAUGCAGCGCUGUACUUCUUCCCUAUCCUCACCGUGCUUCAGGCUGUUGGAGGAGGCCUGCUCUAUUAUGCCUUCCCAUACAUCAUACUGGUGUUGUCUUUGGUUACACUGGCUGUGUACAUGUCUGCAUCUGAAGUGGAGUCUUUCAAGGAUCUUCUUGUCAGGAAGAAAAGGCUCGUUGUCCUCUUCAGCCACUGGUUACUUCAUGCCUAUGGAAUCAUCUCCAUUUCCAAACUGGAUAAGCUUGAGCAGGACCUGCCAUUGCUUGCCUUGGUACCUGCACCUGCCCUCUUCUACUUAGUGACAGCAAAGUACACUGAGCCGUCGCGCAUACUCUCAGAAGGUGGAAAUGGACAUUAAAAGGAGCCUGUGCCAACAACACUGUCCUAAUGAUCUGGGUUAAGCAGUUUUGGUGCUUGAUCCUUUGGAAACUUCUGUUUUAAAAGAAGUUUUUAAUGUACAGACCUAGGUGAAACACCUCUGAGUGAGACUGUAAUAUUAAAAAGCUGCACUUAGUAUUCUUCAUAAGUGUCUGGUAUAGAUUGAAGGGAAUGUCUGUAUUUAUCACUGUGAAUCUGUAUAAAAAGCUUGUGCCACAUUGUAGUACAGCAGUUUGCUUAUAUAUGUUUAUUUCCUAAUACAGUAUUUUAGGUGGUGUUUGAAUAAAACAAUAGAGCCUGGUUUGCAGUAGACUUUCAAUAAAACAAAUAAAACUUAACUAUAAUAUAGAACUUGGUUUUCUCAUC